AUUCCAUUGUUCAAUGUAAUGACUGAUAAUCAUCAACUACCCAAUACUCAAAUCAAUUUAAGCCAGAAAUCUAUCAAUCAUGAUGAAAAUGUGAAGAAGAAGAAGAAUGAUGAUGAUGUUUCAUUUAGAAAACUUUUUCAAUAUGCUUCCACUAGUAAUAAAUUAUUGAUUAUCAUUGGAAAUAUAUGUGCAAUAUUAUUGGGUAUAAUAUUCCCAGCUAGUAUAUUGGUUUUUCGUUCUAUGAUCAAUGGAAUGUUGAAUAGUUCUUCUUCUGAUAAUAUAUAUGAAUUAUUGGGAUGGUAUUUCUUAAUGGCCAGUUUAAUAUUUGUAUUUUGUAUGUCAAAAUGUGUUUGUGUUGAAUUCUCUUCAAAACGUAUAGUAAAACAAAUUCAACUACUUUAUUAUCAGGCUGUUCUACAUAAAGAUGUAUUAUGGUUUGAUCAACAUUCACCUGGUGAUAUUAUAAAUAAUCUAUCAGAUAAUUUAAAUUCUAUUGAAUCUGGUAUUGGUACAAGAUUAAGUGAUUUCAAUCAAAAUAUAAGUGGAUUUUUAUCUGGUAUUAUUAUUGGUUUUAUUGUGAAAUGGAAAUUAGCAUUAGUUGCUUGUGCUACACUACCAUUUGUAGUGAUAGCUUUCUCUUUAUUUGGUAUUGCAUUUAAAUUAUUUCAUAAUAAAGAAAUUAAUGCAUAUUCACGUGCAUGUACAGUAUCAAAUGAAGUAUUAUCAUCAAUUAGAACUGUAGUUGCAUUCGGUGGUGAAAAACGUGAAUCAUUAAGAUAUCAAAAAGAAUUAACAUCAGCUGAAUUAAUGGGUAUUAAAAAAGCUACAGCAUUUGGUGGUGUUGGAGGGUGUAUAGGACUUGUAAUAUUUUCAUCAGCGGCUUUAGUGUUUUGGUUUGGUGUUAAAUUAAUUCGAGACGAAGAUGCUGAUCCUGGAGCUGUAAUUGCAGUUUUUAUCAAUAUUCUUCUAGGAAGUAUAUUUCUAGGCAAUGCAUUACCAAAUAUUCCUUAUAUUCUAGGAGCUGUGACAUCAUCCAAAGAUAUAUUUGCUACAAUAAAUCAUGUUUCUGUAAUAGAGAAAAAUGAUACAGGCAAAAUUAUUCCAGAUUUUGAUGGAAGUAUUACAUUUCAUCAUGUGAAUUUCAGUUAUCCUUCACGUCCAGAUAUACCUAUUCUUGUCAAUUUUUGUCUAACUGUUAAAAGUGGUCAAACAAUUGCACUAGUCGGUUCUAGUGGUUCUGGUAAAAGCACUCUGAUUCAUAUGCUUCAACGUUUCUAUGAUCCUACACAAGGUGAAAUUUUAAUACAAGGUGUUGAUUUGCGUGAAUUAAAUAUUCACAACUAUAGAAAUCAAAUAGGAUGUGUACAACAAGAACCUGUAUUAUUUGAUGGUACAAUACGUGAAAAUAUAAGACUAGGUAAACUUAAUGCUACUGAUGAAGAAAUUUAUGAGGCUGCUAUCAAAGCUAAUGCACAUCAAUUUAUAAUACGUUUACCACAAGGUUAUGAUACAUUAGUUGGUGAAAAAGGGAAUAGUUUAUCUGGUGGACAAAAACAACGUAUAGCUAUAGCUCGUAUAUUAAUACGUAAACCAAAAUUAUUAUUAUUAGAUGAAGCGACAUCAGCAUUGGAUACACAAUCAGAACGUAUUGUACAAAGAGCAUUAGAUAAAAUUGUGAAUAGUUGUACUGUUCUAAUUAUAGCACAUCGUUUAUCAACAAUUAUCAAUGCGGAUUGUAUUGUCGUCCUUGAACAAGGUUGUAUACGUGAAAUGGGUAAACAUAAAGAAUUAUUGAAAUUAAAUGGUUUAUAUGCAACAAUGUAUUAUGGUCAAGAAAGGAUCGAUAAAGAACAAGAUGAUUCUACAGAUGAUGAAGACAAUUACAAUGAAAAUGAUGAAGCAAAAAGACAUUUAACUAAUCAACUUCCAUCUCCAUUUCCAAAAGAUGAUUAUUCCGAAUGUAAUAUUAGUAGAGUUCACAAUUCUUUGUACUUGCGUCUUUUAAGCAUUAAUCAACCAGAAAUGAUUUACAUUACAAUGGGUUGUUUCUGUUCAAUUAUAUCAGGACUAUUACAACCAGCUUUUUCACUUCUUUACGCUGAAGUUUAUCAGGUAUUUGGAUUACGUAAUAAUCCUGAUAAAAUGAUUGAAAGAAUUAAUACAGUUUCUGGUAUUAUGGCCGGAUUAGGAUUUGUUCAAUUGAUUGUCGGUGCAAUGCAGGGUUAUUUAUUUGGAGUCGCUGCAGAACGUUUAACUAAACGUUUACGAUCAAACUUGUUCGACUCUAUGCUGAAACAGGAGAUUGGUUGGUUCGAUCGACCUGAAAAUCGAGCUGGUGCACUUACUGCAUUUCUGUCGACAGAUGCUUCAAAAGUUGCUCAAAUUAGUGGUUCCAGAUUGAGUACAGCAUUUGAAGCUGUAGUUUUAGUCAUUGCUUCCCUGGUGAUUGGAUUUAUUUAUAGUUGGCAGUUAACUUUAGUUAUGGUUCCAUUCAUACCAUUAUUACUGUUAUCUUCCCGCGUAAAUAUGAAAAAUGCAUCAAAAAUGGAAGAUAAAAUGGUUACUAAGGGGUUAUCUAUUGCUAAAGAAUCAAUUAGUGCUCAUCGUACUAUGAAAAGUUUAUCAUUGGAAGAAUAUUUUUAUCAACGUUUUAAAUUGACUUGUAUUGAAAGUGCCAGUACACAUUUACUAGAAGCUGUUAAAAUUGGUUUGGUUCAAUCGAUUGCUUUAUCUGGUCCCGUUCUUAGUUUAACUGCAUGUUUUGCAUUAGGAAAUUAUUUAAUACAACAGAAUGCUAUUUCAAUGAUAUCAUUGUUCAAAGUUUUUAUCACAUUUAGUAUGUGUUCACAAGCUCUUGGUCGAAUCACUGCAUUUACUACAAAAACAAAAGAAGCUGAAGAAGCUAUGAGACGUAUAUUCACUGUUAUCGACCGUAAACCAACCAUAGAUACUAAUCAAGGUGAUCAACCAAAAGAAACAUUUAGUGGUCAUAUUGAAUUUAAACAUGUAAAUUUUAGAUAUCCAACAAGACCUGAAACAAAAGUGCUUAAAAAUUUUACAUAUUCCAUUCAACCGGGAAGUAAAAUUGCAUUAGUUGGUCAAUCUGGUUGUGGUAAAUCAACACUUAUACAAUUAUUACAACGGUUCUAUGAUCCAACAGAUUAUGGUUUAGAGAAUGGUAUAUUUUUUGAUGGAAUUAAUCUACGUCAAUUAGCUCCAUGUUGGAUAAGACGACAAAUUGGUAUUGUAUCACAAGAGCCAAUAUUAUUUAAUAUUAGUUUACGUGAUAAUAUUGCAUAUGGUGAUAAUAGUCGUAUUGUAUCAAUGGAUGAAAUUAUAGAAGCGGCAAAAUUAGCUAAUAUACAUGAUUUUAUAUUAUCAUUACCUAAUGCAUAUGAAACAUUAGCUGGACAAGAUGGUUCACAAUUAUCCGGUGGUCAAAAACAACGUAUUGCUAUAGCACGUGCAUUAAUUAGAAAACCAUCAUUAUUAUUAUUUGAUGAAGCAACAUCAGCAUUAGAUAAUGAAAAUCAACGUUUAAUACAAAAAUCAUUAAAUGAUGCCAUGGUAACAUGUACCUCUAUUAUUAUUGCACAUCGUUUAAAUACAAUUCAAAAUGUUGAUUUAAUUAUUGUAUUAUCAAAUGGUCAUAUUAGUGAAUAUGGUCAGAUGAAUGAAUUACUUUCUAAAAAAGGUGAAUUUUUUAAUUUAUAUCAAUUAGAUAAUACAAAAUAAAAAUAAAUAAACUUUUUUUUGACUUUUUUUCUGAAAAAAAAAGAAAAAAAAGAAAAAACAACAAUAAAAAUACAAAAAAGAUCAAUUAGAGUAUUUUUCCAUUUUUUUUCUUUCUUUUUUUUCUUCUCUCUAAAAAAACUAAAAAAAACGAAUGGACAAGCAACCAUUUGAAAUAACCCUGUUUUUGAUUCAUGAGUGAAGUGAAUCAUUUAAGGAAAUUUUUAUUCUUCAUAAUUUCACAUUCACAAUCAUAAUUACCGGUUCAUUUUAAUUGACUUCAUUCUUUUUCUUUUUUCUAUUCUUGACAUGAUACUCAUUUAUGUUUGUUUUCCUUUUUCUACUCUUUCUUUCUGCUACGUAUACAAUAGUUAUCAUUCCAUUCACAAAUGUUUUGUGAUUAUUCAUUCAUGAAUACAUAUCUAUGAAUAAGAUGUGAAAAAUAAAGUAUUUUAUUAAUAAACAUAGAUUGUGGUUAGCAGUAGAAUACAGGAUGAUCGUUUCGUUCUAUUCAAGACUCGUCAGUUGGAUGUAUCUGCAUCUCAGAGUUGAUGUUCACUCUGAAAUUUGAAUUCAGUAUUGUUCGUUUCAAACGUCAUCGCGUUAUUCAUUUAGCUACUUGAGACCUGAGAGCAACUUGCUUGUACAAUGGGAUGAAGUUUUAAUUCACUUGAUAUUGUUUACUUGAAUUUAACCAUUGAUAUUCACGACUAAAAUUGAUCAGACUCUUGUUGAUAUAUGUGCAUCCUGUGAGUAUUGCAUCGAUAGUACAUUAAUUCACAGACAUUAUAAGCAAAGAUAGAUAGUGGCUAGAAGUGGAAUCCACGACGCAUGUUCAUUCCUAUUCGGAACUCGUCAGCUGGAUGCAUCUGCAUCUGAGUGUUGAUGUUCACUCUGGGAUUCGAACCCAGUACCGUUCGCUUCAAACGUCAUCACGUUAUCCACUUAGUUACUGAAUUCUGAUAUAUUACUUUACUUAUUUUUAUCAUUUGUUUAAUUAUCAAUAAGGAUUUGGAUUAUCGCGUUGCUGAUGUAUAAAAAUGAAUUUUGACCAAUCUUCAUUGGUCAAAGAUAUAUAUAUAUAUAUCUUGUAUACACAUUAUUUAAAAUGCAUAUAUCGUGGAUAAUAGUGAGAUCCCAGAUGAUCGUUUAGUUCUACUUAAUGCUUCACAGAUAAAUGUACCUGAAUUCCAGUGUUGAUGCUUAUAUUGAAACUCGAACCUAAUGUGU